UAUAGAAUUAGCGCUCGCGGCGAUGGCUCGGCUGCGAGCGCUGCUAACCCUGGCGGUCCUCGCGCUCGUCGCCGGUGGCUCAUGCGCCUUUGAGUUCGAAGAGGCCACCAUCGACAGCAUCCUUGUUGGCUUCAAGAACGGUAGCCUCACGUCGACGGCGCUCGUCCGCUACUACCUCGACCAGAUCACCCGCCUGAACCCACUGCUGCACGCUGUCAUUGAGGUCAACCCCGACGCACUCCGUCAGGCCGCGCGCGCCGAUGCCGAGAGGUCGACCGGCCACCACCGAGCGGCCGCCGGACUCCACGGCGUCCCGUUGCUGAUCAAGGACCUCAUCGCGACGCGCGACCGGCUGAACACGACGGCUGGGUCGCUCGCGCUGCUCGGGUCCGUGGUCAGGCGCGACGCCGGCGUCGUGGCGCGGUUGCGCCGCGCUGGCGCCGUCGUGCUCGGCAAGGCCAACCUCCCCGAGUGGGCGAACUUCCGGAGCGCUCGCAGUGCAGGAGGACUGCACGGCUGGAGCGCGCGCGGCGGACAAUCUCGGGAUCCUUAUGUGCUCUCGGCCAAUCUGUGCGGGUCGAGCACAGGUUCAUCGAUAGCGGCAGCGGCGAAUAUGGCGGCGGUGACAUUGAGGACUGAAACCAUGGAUUCAAUACUCUGCCCGGCGUCGCUGAACUCGGUGGUUGGGAUCAAGCCCACAGUUGGGUUGACAAGCCGGUCGGGCGUCAUCCCCUUCUCUUCUAGGCAGGAUACUGUUGGACCAAUAUGUCGCACAGUCGCAGAUGCGGUCCAUGUGUUGGAUGCAAUAGUUGGUUAUGAUGCCCUUGAUGCUGCAGCCACAAAAGCUGCAUCCAAGUACAUCCCUCAAGAUGGUUACAAGCAGUUCUUGAAGAUUGAAGGACUAAAUGGCAAGAGAAUAGGGAUACCAAAUGGUUUCUUUGAUUUCACAGAUGGAACAGAGCGACAGAUUGUGUAUAAACAACAUUUAAAUACAAUGAAGCAAUAUGGAGCAACUGUGAUUGAGAACCUUGACAUUGCAAAUUUGAGUGGCAUACUGAAUAUUACUGGAAGUGGACUGUUGAACGUACUAACAGCAGAGUUCAAGUUCAACCUGAACAAUUAUUUGUCUAAUCUAUCGUACUCACCUGUCCAUUCUCUCGCUGAAAUAAUAGCAUUCAACAACGCUCAUCCUGUUGAGGAGAAGCUUAAAGAGUAUGGGCAGCAAGUCCUUCUGAUGUCUGAAAACACAACAGGGAUUGGCACCCAGGAGAGGACAAUAAUUCGUCAACUGGAAGAGCUAUCGGAAAAUGGUAUUGUCAAGCUGAUGACUGAACACCGUCUUGAUGCAAUCCUGACACCUGAUUCAGAGGCCACCCCACUCAUUGCCUACAUUGGUCUCCCUGGGAUUGUGGUGCCGGCUGGGUAUGAUGAGCAGGGCGUCCCCUUCAGCAUUUGCUACAGCGGGCUCAAGGGUUACGAGCCGAGGUUGAUUGAGAUGGCUUAUGCAUUUGAGCAGACCACGAAGGCGCGAAAGCCUCCAAUGUUUAAGAAUUAGAACAUACAACAGCAUCAUAGGGGAAUCGACAACAUCUUUGCUCUGAAAAGAAACCUUUACCCAUAAGUCUCUUUGGACCUAUUUUCGCAUAAAUCGAAAAAGAAAUACUUCAAUUU